GUCUGGAUUUUCCGGUGACGGUCGCAAUUGUACAGACAAGGAUGAAUGUUAUACGGACAAGCCUUGUGAUGUAAACGCAGUUUGUAACAAUACAGUUGGAUCUUUUGCAUGUGUCUGCAAUUCCGGAUUCUCCGGUGAUGGUCGUAAUUGUGCAGACAAGGACGAAUGUAUAAUUGAGGAUCCUUGUGAUGUAAAUGCUAUGUGUAAUAAUACAAUCGGAUCUUUUAAAUGUGAAUGCAAUUCUGGAUAUCUCGGUGAUGGUUUGUCUUGUGCAGAGGUUAAAUCAUAUGUUGGCAAUUUAUCAAUCAAAAACCUUCAAUACCGUUCAAUCUACAACAACGUACAGAGUCACGAGUACAUGGAAUUACGCGACAAUUUUACAAAUGCUAUUAAAGAAUUGUAUAAGAAUACUUCGUAUGGCAGCUUUCUGAUUGAUGUUAUUAUAAAACGAAUAUACAACGGAUCCAUUCGGGUAGAUUAUGAAGUGAUAUUUGACUCCAGCGCUACAAACAUCACAGCACAGUCACUCAACACAGAACUGGAAAGUUUAGUAAACGACGCGAACGGUACCAUUGGAAAUGGUUUCGUUCUUCAGCAAGUGAAUAACGGACGUCUGAUCGUGGUCGAAGAUAAAGACGAGUGCAAGAUGGAAAAACCUUGCGAUGUCAAUGCUGUUUGCAACAACACGGAUGGAUCGUUUGUAUGUAGUUGUAAUUCGGGAUAUUCUGGCAGUGGAUUCACAUGCACAGAUAAGGACGAGUGUGCGGUCAAGGAUUCAUGCGAUGAAUACGCUCUUUGUAAUAAUACAGUUGGGUCUUUUAUAUGUGCUUGUAAGUCUGGAUUUUCCCGUGAUGGUAGCAAUUGUACAGACAACGAUGAAUGUUAUACGGACAAACCUUGUGAUGUAAACGCAGUUUGUAACAAUACAGUUGGAUCUUUUGCAUGUGUUUGCAAUUCCGGAUUCUCCGGUGAUGGUCUUAAUUGUACAGACAUGGACGAAUGUAUAAUUCAGGAUCCUUGUGAUGUAAAUGCUAUGUGUAAUAAUACAGUCGGAUCUUUUAAAUGUGAAUGCAAUUCUGGAUUUUUCGGUAAUGGCUUCGCUUGUGCAGUGGUGAAAACUUACAUUGGUCGCUUUUCAAUUAAAAGUCUUCAAUACCGCCAGAUCUACAGCAACACGAGCAGUUCCGAGUACAUUAAAUUACGCUAUAAUUUGACAAAUGCUCUAAAGGAGUUGUAUAAAAAAACCGCUUAUGGUGCAUACGUGGUUGAUGUUGUUAUUAACAAGAUUUCCAAUGGAUCAGUAAUUGUAGACUACACAGUGACAUUAAACUCUGCAUCAAAUGUCACAGCAGUGUUGCUCAAUACAGAAUUAGCUCGAGUAAUUAACAUCACUAACGGUACCAUUGGGAAAGAUCUUGUUCUUGGAUAUAUUCAAAGUGGACGUCUGUUUGUCCUUGAAGAUAAGGACGAGUGUGCAAUCGAUGAUCCUUGUGGUCUGAAUGCUGCUUGUAAUAACAUUGAUGGAUCUUUUACAUGUGUUUGUAAUCCUGGAUUCUCUGGAGAUGGUUUGACUUGUACAGAUAUCGACGAAUGCACCAGUGGACCUUGUGAGAAGAACACCACUUGUACAAACACACUUGGCUCAUUCAAUUGCACAUGUCAAAAUACUGCAUGUCUUCCCAAAGAAGACGAUGACGAUGAUGACCUGAGUGCUGGUAUAAUUGCUUUGAUUGUUGUUAUUCCCAUUGUAUUUGUCAUAUUGGUAAUUGUACUGGUCAUUUGUCAGCAACGAAUAGAACAGCGAGAAAUGGCCGUAAUAAAUCAAGGUGACUCAGGAGUUGCCUUGCAGAGAAUGAAACGUACAAAUGACGAAUUCGAAAACCACGGGUACAAACAUGACGACGAUAUGGCAGGGAUAGGAAAAGUCUGAGGUUAAUUCUGUCAACAUUCUAUUCUGCAUUAUUCUUAGGGCAGAAAGUUUCGAUUUUAUAAUGUUAUUAUACAAAUGAUAGAUUUUUAGGUUACUAAAUAAUUAUAGGGUAUUACAUUUUAUUGAAACCCAUUUUUUCCAUUUGACGUGUCCUCUAAACCGGAUUUUAUCCUGGGUACUUUCAGUUGCACGAAUCUGAGCGAAAAAUUGCUGAUUGCCAAUAUUAUCA